AUGAGAAAUCAGAUAGACCUGCUGGCCACUGUCACAGUUUUGGGAGUCCUGGAGCAAGCGUAUUUUGCACUGCAGGUGAUCUAUGCCCGGCGGAAGUACAAGAUCUCCCCUCCCGAGACAACAGGUCACCCUGAGUUUGAGCGGAUCUUCAGAGCUCAGGCGAAUUGCUCAGAGUACUUCCCGAUCUUCAUCUCACUCCUCUGGGUUGCUGGAAUCUUCUUCCAUCAAGGUGUGGCUGCGGCGUGUGGGCUGCUGUACCUCUACACCCGCUUCAAGUACUUCCAGGGAUACGCCGUGGCUGCGCAGGGACGGUUGGGUCCGCUGUAUGCCAGUGCCCGGCUGCUCUGGCCGGUGCUGGGGGGGCUCCUGGCACACUUCUUGCUGACCCACUCCUCUGCGUGGAUGGCAGCGCUGGCACAGCCCCUCCAGCUGCUCAGCACCUG